UGCCCCCCUCUGCUUUCCUGUAUUGUGAAGGAGAGGGAAAGGGAGGGGGAGAGAGAGAGUGCUGUGUGUCUGACUGUUGGUUGCUCAGAACAGCAGCGUGCUGAGAGAGAGCGGCCUUGUCUUGUUGUAGUCUCGCUGAGUGUGACUGUAUCUCACACCCUCCUUCACCCACAAGUGGUUGAUCGUUGCAGUCAACUGACUGAGCAACCGACUGCGUUAACUGACAGAUCAGGUGACUUAACAGCUAGCUAACUCUUCUCCCAAUUGCACGUGCUAUGCUGAAAGAACAUUGAGCGAAACAUAGUUAAACAUAGCAAAUUGUAGCGAAACAUAGAAAGGUAGCGGGAAAAAACGGAAUACUCACAGCUUGAAGUGUGGAAAUUCAAAAUAAAAAAGGUUAUUGGCACUGGCCCCUCGUUGACUCCAUGAGAAAAACGUCACGUACGCAAACAGGUCAAACAUGGACGUGGCUGUAGCCGAGGAGCCUCAGAAGAAAAUCUUCCGGGCCCGAAAGACGAUGAAGAUCAGCGAUCGGCAGCAACUGGAGUUGCUCCAUAAUACGCUGUCCUCCUCGAAGCCGCCCUGCCCCUCUCCCCCUCUGGUGAACGGGAGGCAUCCCGACGACGGACAGAAGGAGACGGAGAGAGAGAGGGAGAAGUCGAGCGCGGGGGGCAGCCCGAUGGAGGCCCGCUCAGUUUCUCCCGCCUCCCGCUCGCCCACCCCGCUGGCGCUCUCCCUCUCCCUGUCCCCGUCCCCUCCGGCCAAAACCCCAGAGGAGGCGGCGUCCGCGACUCCGCCCCCAUCACCGCCGUCAAGUUCGGACGGCGCCAAAGAAACUGAGAAAGGGAAAGGAGAUGAGGGCAAAACUCCCACAAGCCCCUCGGCAGAGGGAGGAGAGAGAAAGGAUGGAGAGAAGGAGGAAGAGGAAGGACCGGUGAAAGCAGCCGUCGCACCAGAGAAGGAGAAAGAGGACGAACCCCCGAAACCCCAGGGGUCCCCUGAAGAAGCCACUGCUGGCUCCCUCGUGGUUCCCCUCGCGGCAGAAGGAGCUGAAGGGGAUGGAGAGAAAGCAACAGAGGCCGAGGAGGCCGUUGCCAUGGAUACAGCCCCUUCCAACAGCGCCCCGGAGGACGUUACUCCCAUCCUGGACAAAAUGCCGGCUGCCUCCUCGCUCACGCAAAGCCCCGCUCCCCCGGGCAACACCACCACCUCCUCACCGUCCCUCUCGCCCUCCCACGCGCCGGAGUCCGACCAGGAGGUGAAAGAGGGAUUCCUGGUCCUCAGCGAGGAGGAGGAGACUCAGGGGGAGAAGGAUGACGAGAAAGAGAGGGAAGAGGGUGAAGACAAGCAGGAUGGAGAGAAGAUGGAGGUUGACGCUGGGAAAGAGCGUGAGAAGGAGAAGAGUGCUGAAACUGUUGCUGAGUCUGCGGCUUCUCCUCCCGCUUCAUCAGCACCCUCUCCUGGAGAAGAAGAGGGUGAGGGGAACGGCGCAGGCGUGGCCGCGGGGAGGAAGCGCGCCAUAUCGGGAGACGCGGAGACCGGCGGACCGGCAGAGAGCGGAGAGAAAGAGCAGCCGGAGCGGCAGGAGGGGCUGGAGAGCCAGAGGAAGCGGCCGAGGGUGGAGAGAGACGAGCUGGAGGCUCACAUAGAGCUCAAGAUCAGUGGAAACGCAGACAGCCGACACAAGCUGGAGAAGGUGGUGCAGCAGCUGGUGGCGGAGCAGCUUCGGGUUCUGCAGCUCAGUGUUUUCGACAGGAGUCUGCAGGAGCUGAGGGAGAGAGUGGAGAAGAUCGACUGCGCCACAAAGCAUCAACACACACUCGACACACUGCAGGCCAAGAUCGCUCGACUGAACAAGAAAUUUGGAGCUGUCAACCAGGCCAAGGAGAACCUCAGGAAACCCCAGGAGAUCUCUUCUUCAUCCCUGAUGAUAAGCAGCAGUCCCGCUCAGCGGACAGUCAGGUCCAUCCAGGACUCGAAGCGAACGGAGCAGACCCUGAGCCCUGCCAGCUCCACAGGCCCUGCUGGUCAGUCCAAGCUCCUCUCAGCCCCCAGCCCCCCCACCUCCAGCUCACUGGCCACGGCCCCCGUUCUCUCGCUCAUCAGCACGUCCAGCUCCGCCUCUCCCUCCUCCUCCGUCACAAGUGCGCCUCCCUGCGCCCCCCAGAGCCAGGCCCCGCCCUUCAGUACGAACGCCCCCGGCAGCCCCGCCCCCAAGCCCGUGUCCCUGCAGCCGCUGCUCAUUCAGCUGCCCCUCGCCGUCACCAACGCCCAGGGCGGGACCCUGGUGGCCAAUCACAGCAGCGGGGUGGAGCUGGUUCCCGUCACCUCGCUGGCCGGCGCGAGUCCCCUGAACAAGGCCAAGACUACCACCGCCACCACCGCCUUCAUCAUCCAGAAGACGGCGGCGCCCUCCUCCUCCUCCUCGGCCGGCCUGCCGUCCUCGCCGUCGCUACCUCAGAUCACGCUGGCCCGGGCCGCCGGUCACCCGGGCAGCGGCGGGAUGUUGGCCACGCCCGGCUCCGCCGUGUCCGUCACCUCCGCCCGCACGCCCGCCCAGUGCGCCUCGGCCGUGGGCGCCACUUCCGCCUCCUCGCUGCCCACGUCCUCCACCCCCGCCGCCACGGGGGGCCAGUCGUCCGGGGCGACUGCCUCCGCCCCUCUGUCUGGAGCGGCGAUGGCCUCAAAGACAGACACUCAAGCUACAAGCCGUGCCCCUGACUCCACAACUACAAAGUCAUCUGCUCAGGCUUCUCGUAGCACUAAGGCGGGGGCUGUGAUUGACCUGACUGAGGAUGAUGAUGAUGUACUAGUGACAGGAGUAAAGAAAGCUCCGGUCCAAUCAGGCGCCAGUGUGUCAGCAUCCCCAUCCUCCUCAUCGCCUUCAUCAGCCGGCCAGCGAGCAUCCGGGGGCCCUCCCCCCCUCACCAGCCACGCCACCAUGCACGUUCAGCCAAGCGCUCAAACUACAGUGAAUGUGUCACAGAGAUGCCAAGCUGUGGCCCCCAGUCCCUCUAGGGUCCUUCCUCACUCCUCCUCCUUCUCCUCCUCCUCUAAGUCAUCCGUAACCCUCUCCAGCUCAGGCACUGGGGCAGUUGGGAGUGUCAGGGGGGCAGUGGGGGUAACUGCAGCAGUGGGCAGUAACCGGCAGGGCAGUCCGCAGGCCACAGGACCAACAGUGAGGUCGUCCCCUCAGAGUACUCAACAUCUGAAUGGACCUCAACUCACUGUACACCAUCGCCCCCUGCAGUUUCGCCCCAAUCAGGACUCGCUGUCGAAAAGCCUCCCCUCCGCAGCCGCGGGACAGGGCCCCGCCCACCCGCCGGCGAGCCUGCCCCCCCUGCCCUCGUCCCCGGCGCCGCCCCCCCGGCUGCCCCCCGAGGCGGCGCACACCACGCCCCCCCAGCAGCCGCAGCUGAAGCUGGCGCGGGUGCAGAGCCAGAACGGCAUCGUGCUGUCCUGGUGCGUGGAGGAGACGGACCGCAGCUGCGCCGCCGUGGACAGCUACCACCUGUACGCCUACCACCAGGACCACUCGGGCCCGGCGGCGGCCGGCGGCGGCCCGCCCGCCUCGCAGUGGAAGAAGAUCGGCGAGGUGAAGGCGCUGCCCUUGCCCAUGGCCUGCACCCUCACCCAGUUUGUCUCCGGCUCCAAGUACUACUUCGCCGUGCGCGCCCGCGACGUCUACGGCCGCUUCGGCCCCUUCUGCGAGCCCCAGUGCACCGACGUCAUCACCCCCGCCUCCGGCUCCAGCUAGGAGUGGCCCCGGGGCCUGCUGAGAGAGACACACAAAGGGCUGUGAUACAGCGACCAACCGCCGUGACUAUCCAGCGCUUUUUUAAGGUUGGGACGAGACCGACUGGAAACAUCCGAGGACAGUGUUCUUUACCCCUCUGUCUGAGCCCCUCCAGAUCAGAAGUGAAGGAAGGGAGACGGGACAGGAAAGGUUACCGUUGAAACUUUUCGUUUAAAUUUGCGUUGCUCAGAUAUUUAUACAAUUUUUUGUUCUGGCUUGUCCGUUUUUUUUAUACAUAAAAAUAAAAAUUAAUAAAAAAACAAGGAGCCAAAAACGGUAAAACUGAAAAAUGUCAGAAACGUUUACGGUUUAAGGAAGCGUAUUAAACAGAGUCCACGUUUAUUCCACAUAGAAAAUGAAAUGGGGGAAAAUGGAUAUGUUAAUGUUCUAGGUUUUGUCUGGUAACCAGACUUUAGAUGAAUGAGAAAUUUAAAUAAAGUUAAUGAUAAGUAACA